AUGGGAAAUCACCCUUCUGGACGAACGCAAGGCCACACCGCACGGGCGACCAGACCAAGGAGUGACGAAACGAUGAUGCAACACAGCAGAGCUCAGCGGCAGCAUACUCCUCCUCAGCAUCAGAGGCCGAGGCCUGGUACUCCUUCGGUGCCACGUCCUAGUGGUGACCUUGCCCAACCUCCCACUAACCAUGCCGGGGAAAAUGUCCCUGCAGCUCCUGCACAGGUUCCCUCACCGAGUGGUGCUCCGGUGGGAGGGCCUAAGGUACCAGUAAUGUUCCGAUGGAAUGGUGAUGGUCAUCGCGUGUCGUUGGUGGGCACAUUUAAUAAUUGGAAAACUCACUUGCCGAUGGUUAGGAGCGGGCAGGAGUUUUAUCAGAUAGUAGAGGUCCCUCGAGGCUUCCACCAGUAUGCAUUUGAUGUAGACGGCGAGAUGAAGUAUGCGUCGGAACAACCAGUAACACACGAGGACGAUGGUACGAUGCUCAACUACAUUGACCUUACUAACUAUCGCCCGUAUGUUCCGCAGCCUUUGGGGAGUGCUCCUCAUGUGAAAUUAACACCUGAGGAAGAUGCAGAAUUCGGGACUAAGGAGGUACUGCCGCCGGAGCCAGCAGUAGCAUUCGGCCCGGGUUCACACAUGGGGCCGUCGAGCAGCACUAACAGUCAGGAGCCGCCGAUAGCCCCCUCAUUGCUGUUAAAAUCUUCGUUACUCGCGGCACCACCGGACACGGCCUCUAAGACAGCCUCUGUAGUGCUUAUGCACAAGCGUGGACAGAUCCAACAGCCUGUGGCCGCUGGAGCUUCAGCUUCUGAUGCGUUUCUGGCGGCAACUCGAAACCCCGAUGGGAUGAUAUCACCAGCACUGCCUAGUAUAGCGAUGCACGCUGUUUGCACACACGUCUUCCACGAUGCCUCACGAUCCUUCCAGUCCCCUUUGGCCGAGGUGACGGCCGAGAGCCUUACAUUAGCGACAGUUACCUCUCGGUACGACCAGAAGUUUUCCACAUGUAUAAUGUUACAAUCAGCAGCUCCGUCGAACGUCGAUCCCCACAGCUCUGAUUACCGAUACCAUUAUCAGCAUCAUAGACCUGAGGACGAUAAAGAGGCUGAGAAACUAGCGGGGCUCUCGAGGCGGUACCCAGCACAGAUCCUACCAGAAGCGCACCAGCAUCCCCCGCGAGUGGUUCGGGAUCCUAUUCUUGAUGUGGUGACGACUCCUCCAAUGGUUAAUAAGGCGGAGCGAAGCCCGCAGGUUGCAAAAGCUGUGUGAAUUUUCUUGGUUAUGAACUGUAGCCGAUAAUUGUUAUAGCGGCGGAAGUGUUGCUAGACUUGUUUGUGAACUAAGUUGGUGAGGAUGCCC